UCCCGUUCGAUGUGCCAAACGAAGCCUUAAAAUUUGCUUCUGCUUUAACCCCACUUUGGGUCUCUGUCUUCUUGAACCAAAAAGAAAAUAAAAAUAAAUACCAGACACCAAAUAGCAAUCAUCUUAGACCGCCAUUAUCAGAAACCAUAAAAGCUGCAAAAAAGAAAAAAAGCACAAAUACCCACAACAAGAAACACAUCAAAAAUCUUGAUUUUUUUUUUUUUUUAAACUUUUUGAAUUUAUAUUUUUUAGAAAAAGUUUAAAGUUUCCAUUUUUAUCUCAUCUUAUGUUAAAUGCAUCUUAAGAAUCUUGAAGUUGAGAUUGGUCAUCAAAAACACAGUGACCAAGAUUACCAAAUCCAAAAUCAAUCAACCCCAUCUGAUUAUUUUUCAAGAAUUAAUAAUCUCCAAAUCAAGAUCCCAUCAUCAUCAUCAGAAGAUUGUUUAACUAACCAGAUUCAGUAUAUUGAUGAACCCUUUUGUCAGAAUUUAUCACCAGGAAAAACCCUUUUGUCUACACCUCAUAAAAGGCCAAUAAUGUCUCAAAAUUCCAAUCUUUAUAACCAGCAAGUGCAAAAUACCCAAUUUAAAGCUAGUGUGUUGAAGUCAAAUGAAUUAAAUUUGAAGUCUUUUUUAUGUCCUUGUUCUAUUGGUGUUUUGUUAGCUACAAAGAGGAUUACUCUUAGGUUGCUUCAUCACUCUUGUCAUGCUUCUUGGAUUAGAGUUCAUUUGAAGCUUUUUAUAUUGCUUUCUUUGCCUUGUUUGUACUUGUUGAGUUCUACUUAUUAUUUGGGUUAUUUUGUUUACUUUGUGUUUAUUGUUGGUGUGGUUGGUUUUGUUGUGUUUGCACUUUGUGCUGUUCUUCCUUGUGUUCCUUCUGUUCGUAUAUUUCUUGCUAGAACUCUGUCUAUUAAUCUUCAUUCAUCACCUACUGCAUCAAAGUCUAGACCUUCAGUUGUUUGGUCAAUUGGUUCAAAGCCUAAACAAGAAAGGAAGCCGGUUUCGGGGUGUUGGGUGCAAGUUUACAGCAAUGGUGAUGUGUAUGAGGGUGAGUUUCAUAAAGGGAAAUGCUCAGGAAGUGGGGUUUAUUACUAUCGAUUGAACGGGAGGUAUGAAGGUGAUUGGAUUGAUGGGAAGUAUGAUGGAUAUGGGGUGGAAACGUGGUCGAAAGGGAGUCGGUAUAGGGGGCAGUAUAGGCAGGGAUUGAGACAUGGAGUUGGGAUGUAUAGGUCCUAUACUGGGGAUCUGUAUGCUGGGGAAUGGUGUAAUGGACAGUGUCAUGGAUGUGGGGUUCAUACUUGUGAAGAUGGAAGCAGUUAUACUGGGGAGUUUAAGUGGGGUGUCAAACAUGGAUUGGGUCAUUAUCAUUUCAGAAAUGGGGAUACAUAUGCUGGAGAGUAUUUUGCGGAUAAGAUGCAUGGUUUUGGAGUGUACCACUUUGGAAAUGGACAUCGCUACGAAGGAGCCUGGCAUGAGGGAAAGAGGCAAGGUUUUGGCAUUUACACUUUCAGAAAUGGGGAAACUCAGUGUGGUCACUGGCAAAAUGGGAUUCUUAAUGUUUCAAGUAGUCUCGGCAGCCUUCCAGGAUCUCCUUCUUCUGCAAUUGACCAUUCUAAAGUGCUUCAUGCAGUCCAGGAAGCAAGACAAGCUGCUGAGAAAGCUGUUAAUGUGCCAAAGGUGGAUGAAAGAGCAAAACGAGCUGUUGCUGCUGCCAACAAGUCCGCCACUGCAGCUAGAGUAGCAGCUGUGAAAGCUGUCCAAAACCAGAUGCAUCAGAAUGGAGACGGUAGCCAUUCACCAUUAUCAAUUGUGUAAACUCCUCGGUUGUCAGAGGCAAUGGUUUUGCACUCUCUGAUCGGUCUUGUUUUUAGAUACAGAGACUGAGACUUCCGGGGACCAACUUGGAACCACAACAGACAACGAGCUGAUUGAGGAGCAAGUUUAUCGUCCCUUCAUUAGGCCUUUACUAAUAUGCAUAUAUACUGCGCCUCUUAUAAGAGCUAAGAGAGCAGCUGAAAAAAAAAAAAGAAAAAAAACGAACCAGAUGCAAGUAGGUGGUGUCUUUUAUCUUUUUGUUGUUACUGUCCAGUAACUGUAGAUAGUUUAGUGUGUUCUGUGUUUUGCCAUAAGAGAAUGGCCAACUUUCUUGCAAGUUUACCAAGCAUGUAUCUCGAAGGGAGAUCACCUGUGUUAUUUUGUAUAAAGUAAUAGUAACUGUUUUAACAAA